CUCCCCCCCCAUCGGAAUCCUCCGGACUUCCUGACAGCGGAAGACGUACUAACGUACUUAUCUCUCUCUCUCUCUCUACAUUAUGCCAAAUGAUAAAAUGAUGUUCACCAAGAAAAUAGGUGAUAGUCCUAUCGAUAUAACGCGUACGUAACCAAAAUGAUGGCAAACACACAUUAGUACCCACCCCCCUGCCACAUACUCCCACCACUUCAAUAUAGUUGUGCACGAUUCUGCUAGAUGUGUGUUUGAUUUAUUUCACUGUGAUAUGAGCUGUCACUUGCUGCUUCGUAAGCACAAACACAGAUGGAAUUUGAUUGUCACCCAUGCUAGCUGUGAAAUUAGCCUUAACGUGUAUUAUUUAAAGUUGUGGCCUUCUCGAAAAUGGCAAAACCUUUUUAAAGGUUAUUCUGACAUUUUAAAUAAUAUUGACUACGCCAGUGCUAAGGGGUGCUAUUGCUUUGUCUGAUGGUCGUGUACCCCAGUUAAGCCCUCCAACAUUUGAUUCGAUAUUCCCCCAAAUAUUUAUACAUCAUUUUAUCAUCCCCCUCUUUUGCACUCAAGGGGAAAAAACAAGCCUGGAGCCAUGCCUGCAUAAAUGUCCUUGGUCACAGACUGGGAUCAGCAAUAGGAUUAUGUGUCAUAAUUCUGCUUGAUGACCUCGGAGAGCUGUUGUUGGGGGAAUGCAAGCUUCUGACAUACCUGAAGGAAAAUCCAAUCAAGCAGGGUGCGAGUCCGAGAGGCCCGCGACCAAAACUGCUGGAGGUCAGGAAGCACCUCACCGCUGCUCUGGACAGAGGAAACCUCAAGGCUGAUUACCUCCAGGAAGCAAGUCUACUCAUGGCCAAACUUAGUUAUGUUGAAGCAGAAUACAAAGACGCUUUAGGUCACUAUAAUAGAGUCAAUAUAGAUGACAUGCAGCUGGCAGGAGCUCCCGUGUAUAGGCUGUGUAUGAUAGCAGAAGCCUAUGCCACUAAAGGCUUGUGUCUGGAGAAAGUGCCAGCUGCUUCUCCGCUGCUGUCCAAUAAGAAUGCCGCUUCUCCCUCCUCCAAUCGGAACAGAACUGAGCGAGAGCAAGAAAUCAUCAUCUGCUAUGAAAAAUCUGGAGACAUUGCGCUGCUGUAUCUGCAGGAGGCUGAGAAGGCACUGUCGGCUGGAAUUCAGAAUCGCAGCCCGAAACCUGGUCCGACUUCCCAGGACCAGGAACUAGGUUACUUUCUUGAGACAGGUCUACAGAGAGCCCAUGUCAUCCACUUUAAGAACGGAAACCUGACGCAAGGUGUCGGGCGAUUUCGAGAAAUUCUCCGAGCUAUUGAGACCAGGACAACGCAGAAUCUGCGCAUGACCAUUGCCAGACAGCUCGCCGAGAUCUUGCUCCGAGGAAUGUGUGAGCAGAGUUACUGGUCUCCUGUGGAAGACCCUCCCACUGUGUCACCGCUGGACGAUCCGACGCGACAAGGUCACAUCCAGAGCAAAAAGUACAGCUUAAGCCGACGCCCACGAGUGUACUCGGGAGAGAAUCUCUUUUGCCCCCAGGAGAACACAGAAGAAGCAUUAUUGCUGCUCCUCAUCAGUGAGUCCAUGGCCAACCGCGAUGCCGUCCUGAGCAGGAUUCCGGAGCACAAUAAUGAUCGAAUCAUUAGUCUCCAGUCUGCCUCUGUGGUGUAUGACCUGCUGACCAUAGCUUUGGGCAGGAGGGGGCAGUAUGAGAUGCUAUCAGAGUGCUUGGAGCGAGCCAUGAAGUUUGCCUUUGAGGAGUUCCACUUAUGGUACCAGCUUGCACUGUCUUUAAUGGCUGCGGGCAAAUCUGCUCGCGCCGUUAAAGUUCUGAAGGAGUGCAUCCGUCUCAAGCCAGAUGACCCCACCAUCCCGCUGCUGGCGGUCAAACUGUGCAUCGGACCCCUGCACUGGUUGGAUGAGGGUGAGUGCUUUGCCAAAAUGGUGAUUGACAUGGGGGAGAAAGCAGCUGAGUUUCGAGCAAAAGGCUAUCUGGCUGCCGGACUGGUUUAUAGCCUCAAAGCCACCGACGCAUCAUUGCGAAGCACCCAAGAAGAGUACCAGAGAAAAGCUUUGGCAGCCUUUCAGAGAGCUCAGAGUUUGUCUCCAACCGAUCAUCUGGCAGCCUUCUACCUUGCACUGCAGCUCGCUGUGUCCAGACAGAUACCCGAGGCGCUAGGCUAUGUUCGACAGGCCUUGCAGCUUCAAGGGGAUGACGUUCACUCCCUUCACCUGCUGGCCCUGCUUCUCUCAGCACAGAAACACUACCAGGACGGUCUGAAUAUCAUCGAAAUGGCCCUAUCUGAGUAUCCCGAGAACUUCAACUUGCUUUAUACCAAGGUGAAGUUAGAGAGCAUGUGCCGAGGAUCAGAAGACUCUUUGCUCACCUGCAAACACAUGCUGCAGAUCUGGAAGAGCUUCUACAACCUGACAAAUCCCAGUGAUUCGGGGCGUGGGAGCAGUUUGUUGGACAGAGCUGUCGCUGACCGACGACAGCUAAAUGCAAUGACUCUGCCGGACUUCAGUGACCCAGAUACAGCCUCAGGUUCUUCCUCCUCUCACACUGGUUCCGAACCAGUAUCCCCCACCUCCCCCUCCAGCUUCUCCACUGUGUCUUCCCCGCUCUCCUCCCCACUGCCUAGCCUUUGUCCAGUUUUCAUCCUCCAGCCUCCACCCAAAAAAUCUUCCUUCUUGCCUCCGCCUCCCUCUCCUCCUCCUCCCCACCUGAUGAGCGGCAAAGCCAGGACUCCCUCCUUUUGCAACCACAUCACUCUUCGCCAGCUUUCCUCCAGCUGCGGCCCUCAGGACGCUAACGUACUUGGUUUUUCUUCCAUGUUUUCUGUUUGCUCCGUGCAUGCCACAUCCAUAGCAGCGAGUCGUGUGGAGCAGGCCUUGUCUGAGGUGGCCUCCUCCCUGCAGAGCAGUGCCCCCAAGCAUGGACCCCUGCACCCUUGGUUGACUCUGGCUCAGAUCUGGCUGCAUGCUGCCGAAGUCUACAUCGGCAUGUCCAAGCCUGCCGAGGCGUCGGCCUGCACUCAAGAAGCCGCCAACCUCUUUCCCACAUCCCAUAAUGUCCUGUUCAUGAGGGGGCAGAUUGCAGAGCUCAGGGGAAACAUAGAUGAGGCUAAGCGCUGGUAUGAAGAAGCCCUGUCCAUCAACCCCACGCACGUUAAAACCAUGCAGAGACUGGGUCUUAUUCUCCAUCAGCUACAGCGCUACAGUCUGUCCGAAAAGGUUCUGAGGGAUGCCGUGCAGGUCAACAGUACGGCUCACGAUGUGUGGAACAGCCUUGGCGAGGUGUUGCAGGCUCAAGGGAAUGCUGCUGCUGCCACUGAGUGUUUCCUUACUGCUUUGGAGUUGGAGGCCAGUAGCCCCAUCCUCCCCUUCACCAUCAUUCCUAGAGCACUAUGAGACACACACAUAGUUGCAUACUGGAGCACAAAAAGGGACCUGCGAGAAACACAGCAAAUGCGCAGCAUGCCUGCAUGACACACGCACACAUUCAGGUUGUCGUCAAAUGAGCAGGUCUCCCUUCCCAGCAGCCCUGUCCUGUCCUGGCCUGUCCUGUCUUGUCCUGUUCUCUCAUCGGUUCUGUUUCUGGUGCAUUUUGACUCUGACCUUUCUUACAUCAAGUUUGAAAUAAUGUUUAAGUAGUAGAAGAAGCACUGACA